AUGACGGACACAGAAGACGCCGUGCGACGCCGUAACGCGGUCGCCGAGUAUCGGAAGAAACUUCUUCAACACAAAGAAUUGGAAUCGAGAGUCCGAUCCGUGAGGGAGAACUUGCGAGCUUCAAAGAAAGAGUUCAACAAAACAGAAGAUGAUUUGAAGUCUCUUCAAAGUGUUGGUCAGAUAAUUGGCGAAGUUCUCAGGCCUCUUGAUAAUGAACGCUUGAUUGUUAAAGCAAGUAGUGGUCCAAGAUAUGUGGUUGGCUGCCGCAGUAAAGUGGAUAAGGAAAAGCUCACUUCAGGGACUAGAGUGGUUCUUGAUAUGACAACACUCACCAUAAUGCGUGCUCUUCCUCGUGAAGUUGAUCCAGUUGUGUACAAUAUGCUUCAUGAAGAUCCCGGUAAUAUUAGUUACUCUGCUGUUGGUGGUUUAUCUGAUCAGAUCAGGGAAUUGAGGGAAUCUAUUGAGUUGCCUCUAAUGAAUCCCGAGCUCUUUCUUAGAGUUGGAAUUAAACCUCCCAAGGGUGUUCUCCUUUAUGGGCCUCCUGGUACGGGUAAAACAUUGUUAGCAAGGGCUAUUGCCAGCAAUAUAGAUGCUAACUUCCUAAAGGUUGUUUCAAGUGCCAUAAUUGAUAAGUAUAUUGGAGAAAGUGCCAGGUUAAUAAGAGAGAUGUUUGGGUAUGCACGUGAUCACCAGCCCUGCAUCAUUUUUAUGGAUGAGAUCGAUGCCAUUGGUGGUCGUCGUUUCAGUGAGGGAACAAGUGCAGAUCGUGAGAUUCAGAGAACAUUAAUGGAGCUGCUUAAUCAACUUGAUGGUUUUGAUCAGCUUGGAAAGGUUAAAAUGAUCAUGGCAACAAACCGACCUGAUGUACUUGACCCUGCUCUCCUACGUCCUGGAAGAUUGGAUAGAAAAAUAGAAAUUCCAUUGCCAAAUGAACAAUCAAGGAUGGAAAUUCUUAAGAUUCAUGCUGCUGGAAUUGCUAAGCAUGGUGAAAUAGACUACGAAGCGGUAGUGAAGCUUGCAGAGGGUUUUAAUGGAGCUGAUCUCCGAAAUGUGUGCACUGAAGCUGGAAUGUCAGCAAUUCGUGCAGAGCGGGACUAUGUUAUCCACGAAGAUUUCAUGAAGGCCGUAAGAAAAUUGAAUGAGGCAAAGAAACUUGAAUCUAGUGCACACUACAAUGCUGAUUUUGGAAAAGAAUAA